AUGCCAACUGUCGACAUGUCCCAGCAACCCCUCCCGGACGCGCCGUCGCAGCGUGGCCCGAUGCCCGUGGGGUUUUGGGCCCACGGCCGAUACUACGGAGGAUGGAGGCCGCGCAAAUAUCUCUUCCCCAUCGACGAAGAGGAGGCGAACAGGCUGGACUUGUUCAACCAGUUCUUCCUCGUCGCCCGAAAGCAAGCCAUCGCCACGCGCAGGCUGUCCUUUGACCGACCCUUGAGGGUUCUCGACCUGGGAACGGGGACCGGCAUCUGGGCGAUUACCGUGUGCGACUCUGUAGGCCCCGAAGGAGUCAUCCCCGAGGUCAUGGCCGUUGACCUAAACCGAAUUCAACCCAACUUCAUCCCCCGCGGUUUCGUGCCCAUGCAGUUCGACAUUGAGGACCCGUGUUGGGAUCCGCUAUUGAUGGACUGCGACCUCGUGCACCUUCGCAUGCUCUAUGGCAGCAUCCAGACUGAUCUUUGGCCCGAGACGUACCACAAGAUAUUCCAACGCUUGACGCCCGGCACGGGCACCCUGGAGCAUGUCGAAAUCGACUGGGUUCCUCGCUGGGAGGGGAGCGGCGACACGCCCCCGAACUCUGCACUCCUCGACUGGGCCAAUCAGUUCCUCGCAGCCUUGGAUCUCUUCAGCAGGAGCGCCAGAGUCGUGCCGCAGGCCGUGCGAACCAUGAUCGAGCGCGCGGGCUUCGUCGAUUUCAAGGAGCAGACCAUUCGGUGCUACGUCAACCCGUGGAUGGCGGACAAGGACGACCAACUGACGGCCAGGUGGUUCAACUUGAGCCUGAAGCACUCGAUGGAGUCGAUGAGCCUGAUGCCCAUGGUCGAGAAGCUUGGCAUGACGGUGGAGGAGGUGAAGCAUCUGUGUGAGCAGGCCAAGGACGAGUGCACGAGAUUGCGAUACCACGGGUAUUGCACCAUGUACAUUUGGACGGCGAGGAAACCUGCCGACGGACCUUCGACCCGCCGCUCGGAGAUGGGACAUUCGCUGCAGGCUCGUCAAAUGUACGAACGAACCAACGCGGGUUCGGAAGGCCUGAAAGACUAUUGGCAUUCGGAAAGCGACCAGCAGCACAGGCUGAAGCCCAAUUGCCUUUCCUAG